AUGAUGAAUCGCACAAAUGCCUAAAGUGUAUAGGAAUUUUGCUAAUUGAACUAAAGAAUCUUUGGUAAAAGUAGUCUCUUAAGUUAAAAUCUGAUUAACUCCUCUUAAGGUUUCCAUCACUAUUGAAGUAGUGUUGUUAAUAGAUUUUUUGAGUGUAAGCGAGAAAUUUGUAAUUCUGUGUAGAUUGUUAUAAAACUGGAGGUACAUUAGGGAUUGGUUCCUUAGGCUUUGAAGGUGGCAUAGCAUUAAGUGUUCCUUUAGGGCUUCCUGGAAUGGCAAUUGGAGGAAAAGUUGGAGAUUUUGUUUGAAGAGCAGCUGAUAACUUAUUUAUCAGAGCUAUUGACGAUUAGUGUGAAGAAUGGAUAUAAAUUAAAUCCAAGUAAGCGUCCUUUAAUUAAAUGGUAACGUAUCAAGGAUAAUGCGAGAGGUUUAAUUUUAAUUGGUUAAACAAAUACUCAUAUAGCAUGUUUAAUAACUAAUAUUAGUAGGGAUAAAACAUAAAUUUAGCCUCAAGAAGAUGUUGGAAAUUAAAUUUGA